CUUUGAUUUCAUAACGCUCGCCUUAAACCACUAAGCUCAAUCAAAUCUUGUGCAACAAAGCAAAAAAAAACACUUGAGAAUGGAUUCGUCUCAGGGGAUUCAAGAGCAGAGGAUUGUGAUUCCAAAUAGCCACAAUGAGAAGCUGGUUGGUCUGCUUCAUGAAACUGGUUCUAUAGAAAUUGUUGUCUUGUGUCAUGGCUUUAGAUCUAACAAGAACUUCGAAAUCAUGAAAAAUGUGGCUGUUGCUAUAGAGAAAGAAGGGAUUAGUGCAUUCCGUUUUGAUUUCUCAGGGAAUGGGUAUAUAUUUUUUCUCUUUCUUGAAUUCUCAUUGAUUUGUAUAAUUUGGUGUAUAUGUUUUGAUUUUUGGGGUUGUGGUGCUUUCAUUGUUGCAAGAGAGAGUGAAGGAAGUUUCUAUUAUGGUAACUACAAUUAUGAAGCUGAUGAUCUACAUUCUGUUAUCCAAUACUUCUCUAACAUAAACCGUGUGGUUACUAUAAUUCUCGGACACAGUAAAGGAGGUGAUGUUGUCCUUCUCUAUGCCUCCAAGUAUCACAAUAUCCCCAAUGUAAUUAAUCUCUCGGGACGUUAUGAUCUGAAGAAAGGCAUAGAAGAGCGUCUUGGGGAAGGUUUCCUCGAAAGAAUUAAGAAACAAGGAUACAUCGAUGUUAAAGAUGGUGAUUCUGGGUACCGUGUUACCGAAGAGAGUUUGAUGGACCGGUUAAACACUGAUAUGCAUGAAGCUUGCCUCAAGAUUGAAACAGAAUGCAGGGUCAUGACGGUUCAUGGAUCUGAUGACGAGACAGUACCCGUGGAAGAUGCCAAGGAGUUUGCUAAGAUCAUACCAAACCACAAGCUAGAAAUUGUGGAAGGAGCUGAUCAUUGUUAUACCAAAUAUCAAAGUCAAUUGGUUUCAACAGUUAUGGAGUUCAUAAAGACAGUCAUUGUAAACAACAACUAGUACUAGCUCUUUUGUUUCUUUGUUAAAUUUUCUUGAUACAUGCUUUUAUGGCAGCAAGUUGCAUAACAUAUUCUACAUAA